AUGCGACCAUUUUCAGCAAUCCUUAGUCUCGGGGCUUGUAUCAUCCCGCUGGUAUCUGCCCAUGGCUUCGUUUCUGGCGUUACAGUUAACGGAGUCUGGACUGCUGGUGCUGAUCCCGUCUGGUAUUACUAUCCCAGCGGAACCUCCCCAGCAACUGCUGGCUGGAACUCAUUAAACCAAGAUCUAGGCUUUGUUGAGCCUGCCAACUUUGGCACUGCCGAUAUUGCGUGCCAUAAGAGCGCCACUGCUGGCAAGAACUUCAUCAACGUAAAUGCCGGUGACACGAUCAAACUCUACUGGAACACUUGGCCCGACAGCCACAAGGGCCCUAUCAUCAACUACCUUGCCCCCUAUAAUGGCCAGACAACCGCUGGUAGCUUGAGUUGGUCCAAAUUCAGCCAGAGUGCCAUUGUGAGCGGCACGACCUGGGUUACCGAUACCCUGAUUGCCAACAACUUCACCACAUCGACGGUGAUUCCCCGAAAUCUCAAGGCGGGCAACUACGUCCUCCGACAUGAAAUUAUUGCCUUGCACGGCGCCGGGAGCGACAAUGGCGCUCAGAACUACCCACAGUGCCUGAACCUCAAGGUCGGUGGUAGUGGUACUGUUUCACCUUCCGGAGGUACCGUGGGAUCCAGCCUGUACAAGCGAACUGACGCUGGAAUUCUCUUCAACUUGUACACCUCUUACACGAGCUACCCAUACCCUGGUCCAGCGCUUUGGACUGCCGCCAACUAG